UCAUGAUUCACGGAGAUUCUUCUAAACCGGUGAAGUAAGAAUCAGCAGCAAAGCAAGUAAAACCCUAAUUUCCUUUUGUGAUCAUGCAUCUCAGAAAAUAGAACAAAUUAAAUUGCGACUCGAAGUUUCUCAGCUCAUUUCUACUUGAGUUCCAAACAGGGUGGUUUUGUUCUAGUGAUGGAUCCUCACAAAGAGAGAAUUAAGACUGGAUGCCACAAAAUCCUGGACGGAAUAAACUCAAUGUCUUUGGUGAAUUUAGAUGACCAGCAAGUUCAUUCCUUGGUAAUGAUGAGAGAAAUUGCACGCGGGGUUGUUGAUGAUCAAAAUAGGAAGGUGACUAGGAAUGAUGUGAUUCGUGCCUUGCGCCGCAGCAUCUUGAAAAUGGUGUGUGCAUCGAGGGAUAUCAUUCGAUUAUUGAGUAGGAUGUCUUACGAAGGCUUGGAUGACCAACAGAUGAAUUUAUUGUUGAGAAUGAACGAAAUUGCUCAUCGGAUUAUUGAUAAACGGCCUAGAGUUGCAAUAGCUAGGCCUAAUUUACUUGUAGAACAAGUUGCACUUUUGGAUGAAGGGAUGAGAGAUAGUCCUGUGGUUGAGUCGAGUAAGAUCGGGGAUGCUCUGAUUGAUGGGGCUCAAAGCAUGAGUAAUGAUGAUGAUAUGUUAGAUGUGGAACAUGUUUUAAGAUUUGAAAAUGGGAUGAAUGUUGCACAGGAGUCUCUAUCGCCAUCAUGCUUCCAGCAAUUUCUUCUGUGGCCUCCUGACGAUUGCAUCACUUUAGAAUGGGUUCAGGAUAUGAUGUCCACAUUUGAGCAUGUUUCACAGAAGGUGUUGCCAUCUGCAUUUUGUAAUAUUGUGCGAACCAUUUUGGUGGAUAAGUUGACAGAUGCUGCUUCCAGUAUUUUAUGUGAGGAACCAAAUUGUGUGGAGGUUGACUGUGAAGGAGAAGAUUCAAGGGUCAUCGUAGUAGGCGAUAUACAUGGGCAGUUUCAUGAUUUAUUGUCUCUCUUCAAGCAUGCAGGAGUGCCCUCGGAGAGCCAAUUUUAUGUUUUCAAUGGGAAUUAUGUAGGUAAAGGAGCUUGGGGCAUUGAAGUACUUUUGGUCUUGCUAGCUUGGAAGGUGUUGAUGCCUCACAGAAUAUAUCUGCUCUGUGGAAAUCAUGAAUCAAGAUAUUACACCGGAAGGUAUGGUUUUGAGAACGAAGUAUGGACCAAAUAUGGUAAACAAGGAGAAUAUGUAUACAACAAAUUUUUGGAGUGCUUCAAGGUGCUUCCGUUAGCUUCAGUUAUAGCAAACUGUGUUUAUACUACUCAUGGAGGGUUUUUCCGUAGCAAACAUUCUGCUCCUUCACGAAAGCCAAAACAUAGGAAGACACAAAGGGUGGAUCUUGGUUCUUUGGCUGAGUUAUCUGAAGUUAAAAGAGCUCGUAUUGGUUCCCCUUAUGAAGGUCCUAAUAUAUUAUUGACUGACAUCCUCUGGUCAAAACCAUCUAAAAGGAAUGGUCUAAGGGAGAAUGCAGGUCGAAAGUAUGGUUUAUGGUGGGGUCCUGAUUGCACCGAGGCUUUCUUAAAACGACACAAUUUAAAGCUGAUCAUCAGAUCACAUGAAGGGCCUGAUGCAAGGGCUGGUCAGGAUGAUUUUGGGAACAUGAUGAUUGGAUAUAGCUUGGAUCACGAUGUAGAAUCAGGAAAGCUAUAUACACUUUUUAGUGCUCCAGACUACCCACAGUUUGGUCAAAAGAGAUAUAAUAAUGAAGGAGCAUAUGCAAUAUUGCAGUCUCCAGAUUUUGCAAGUCCUUCCUUUUUCUCAUUCAAAGCUGCAGAAAGACCAACGGUGGAUCCUUAUGUUGAUUCUGAUGCUGAUGAGAUGGACUUGCCUGCGCCAAGUUCUUCCCAAAUAGCCUCAACCUCUGCUUUCUGUGCUUCUCAAAGACCAUAUCCAGGUGGCUCGAGACCCAUUUUUGAUUUUAGUUUGUUGGGCAUAGACAAUGGACCAUCUUGGAGCGUUGAGCUUGGAGAUGGUUUAGGUGGCACUCAAGUUAUGCAGGUUCCGAGGGCCCCCGUGGUGGAAGGCUUGCCGCUUCCUCCCAAUAUACAGGAGCCGCACCGGUCUGCGUACAAGUAUUUGUUCGAGCUGGUUGGUGCAUUGAAACAUGUGGUUGUAACAAGGGUAAGAAUUAUGGCUCAUGGCUGGUUUGUUGUUUCACGUGUUCUCCUUUUUAGAAAUCAAGCUGGUUUUCUCAAUUUCAGGAGACUGAGAACAGGGCCCGUGUGUCAGCAUUGAGAAGCAGAGCCAAGAAACGAAAGGGAAGGAAGAGUAAUAGUUGAUAGGUGAGUUUUAGAAAGCGCCCCUCCAGAAGAGGCGUCCCACGUGCGGUUUGCCUUUUGGUUUCGUGGUUGCAGUUGGACACGUGGUGAUGCGUGACGGGCUCGCGUAAUGAGGUGAAAGAUGAAACCUGUAAUAGGGAAGUUUUCAUUUUUCGUUAGUUAUAUUUUCGGCUCUUCUGUUUUGUGGGUCAGGCGUUAAAUUUUGAGUUUAAUUUUGAUGCACUCACAAUGUCACUGUCGUGCAAUUACAUCUGUUUUUUUGGAUAACCAUUCACACGAUUAAUGUAAAAGAUAGUUAUUUUUA